UGUAAUCCGUUAUUUUUACUGAUUUGGCUCUGAAGUUUUAUUUAUUUAAUUAGUUUAAAUUCAUAAAAACACCAACCUAAUCUAGCUAUACUUAUCAUAUAUUUAUUGUAUGAUUCAAUUCCGAUAACCAAAUACAGAUUAGUCUUAUCAGUUUCAAUCAUAAACCGUUCCUCUUAAUGAAUUUAUUUUGUAAUCAUGCUCAUGCCCCAUAAUAAUCGUACACUUGUACAACCAAUUCAAUAAUGUGGGCUUCCUAACUUCAAUAGAGGCGCAUUUAUCACGCCACCAAAACAAUUAAGCAACAAACCAAAAAGGGCCAAUUGUUCUUAUAACACCCUUCUAAUACACUUAAACGUAACAAAAUCAAUAAUAAUAAUAAUCAUAUAACUAACAAAAAAAAAAACACAUUGUAAUUGAAUGAAAACCAUGAAUUCUCCCUACAUUCUCUUCUUCACCCUUGUCCUCUUCUUCAAUGCUAUCAAAGCGAGCAAUCUAAUCAACCAAACAUGCAAAAACUCGUCGAAAAACGACCCAAACAUCAACUACAAAUUUUGUGUAUACGCCCUCCAAUCUGCCCCCGCUAGCCAUUGUGCUAACACGACCCGUCUAGGCCUAAUCUCCAUCACAUUGAUCAAACACAACGUUACGGACACUCGAUGUUCGAUUAAGCAACUAUUGCAGGACAAAAAGGUUAGUAAAAGAUACAAGGGUGUAUUGAAGGAUUGCUUGGAACUUUACUCGGAUGCACUCUCUACGUUAAGUGAGGUGGUAUCGGAUUUUCGAGCACAACGAUUUGUGGAUGCUAACGUGAAGGUGAGCUCCGUGAUGGAAGCUUCAACAACUUGUGAAGAUGGGUUUGAAGAAGUUGGUGUGUCUCCUUUGACACAAGAAAAUAAUCGUAUUUUUCAGUUGUCUGCUGUUGCACUCUCUAUUAUGAACAUUUUACAUUCUUCUGAAAAUUAAUAUGGAUAUUGGUUUUUGUGGAAAGGGUUUGUUUUAGAUACUAACUUAUUAGAUCAUUCAAAUUCUUGAAAGAGUUUAAAUAAAAAAUAUACUUGUAUAUUAAAGGAUCACAUUUAAUUUGUUGUACUCGGUAACUCUUU